AUGGCAAAACCAAGAGACACAACAGGCUUCGGUUCCAUGGACGACAUAAGGAAAAUAUUCAACAAGUUCGACAAAAACGGUGAUGGCAAGAUUUCUUGCAGUGAAGUUGUAGACAACCUUAGCGAACUGGGAACCAAGAUUUCACAAGCAGAGGUUGAGUCCAUAAUGCAAGAAUUCGACAAAGAUGGCGAUGGCUACAUUGAUCUUGACGAGUUCGUGGACUUCAUCCAGAAUGGUGGACUUGGCGACAGUAGUGGCAAUGAUAGUAAAGAAUUGAGGGAUGCUUUUGAUUUGUAUGAUAAGAACAAGAAUGGGCUGAUUUCAGUCGAUGAGUUGCACUCGGUCAUGAAGACGUUGGGGUUGAAGUGUAGCUUGAGUGAUUGUCGUAAGAUGAUACGUGAAGUUGAUCAAGAUGGUGACGGUAAUGUUAAUUUUGAGGAGUUUAAGACGAUGAUGACUAAAGGGUUACCGUAA